UUUCAUUAUACGUUUGUGAAGCCUCAUAGCCGGUAAUUCGAACGUAGAUUCUCUCCGAGAUAGACCUGAAGCAGUUGCUCUACAGAUUUCUGUGAAUUUUCAUUGUCGUGUGUGAAAAAAAACAUAAAAACUCAAUAUGCGUGAAUGUAUCUCUAUCCACGUUGGACAGGCUGGUGUCCAGAUCGGCAACGCCUGCUGGGAGUUGUACUGCCUGGAGCACGGUAUCCAGCCCGAUGGACAGAUGCCGUCCGAUAAGACCGUCGGUGGUGGCGAUGAUUCGUUCAACACCUUCUUCAGCGAGACCGGCGCUGGCAAGCAUGUGCCCCGUGCUGUGUUUGUCGAUCUGGAGCCGACAGUGGUUGAUGAGGUGCGCACCGGCACAUACCGUCAGCUGUUCCAUCCCGAGCAGUUGAUCACUGGAAAGGAAGAUGCCGCCAACAACUACGCUCGUGGUCAUUACACCAUUGGCAAGGAGAUUGUCGAUCUGGUGCUGGAUCGCAUCCGCAAGUUGGCUGAUCAGUGCACUGGUCUGCAGGGCUUCCUGAUCUUCCACUCUUUCGGUGGCGGCACUGGCUCUGGCUUCACCUCGCUGCUGAUGGAGCGUCUGUCGGUGGACUAUGGCAAGAAGUCCAAGCUGGAAUUCGCCAUCUACCCAGCACCUCAGGUGUCCACUGCUGUCGUCGAGCCCUACAACUCGAUUCUGACCACGCAUACGACUCUGGAGCACUCCGACUGCGCCUUCAUGGUCGACAAUGAGGCCAUCUACGAUAUCUGCCGUCGUAACCUGGACAUCGAGCGUCCCACAUACACCAAUCUGAAUCGUCUGAUUGGUCAGAUUGUGUCUUCGAUCACAGCCUCGCUGCGUUUCGAUGGUGCCCUGAAUGUCGAUCUGACUGAAUUCCAGACCAACUUGGUGCCCUACCCACGUAUCCACUUCCCACUGGUCACCUACGCCCCGGUCAUAUCCGCGGAGAAGGCCUACCACGAGCAGCUGUCGGUGGCUGAAAUCACCAACGCCUGCUUCGAGCCAGCCAACCAGAUGGUCAAGUGCGAUCCCCGUCACGGCAAGUACAUGGCCUGCUGCAUGUUGUAUCGCGGCGAUGUUGUGCCCAAGGAUGUCAACGCCGCUAUUGCAACCAUCAAGACCAAGCGUACCAUUCAGUUUGUCGACUGGUGUCCAACUGGCUUCAAGGUAGGCAUCAACUACCAGCCACCCACUGUUGUGCCCGGUGGCGAUUUGGCCAAGGUGCAGCGUGCCGUUUGCAUGUUGUCUAACACCACGGCCAUUGCCGAGGCCUGGGCCCGUCUGGAUCACAAGUUUGACUUGAUGUACGCCAAGCGUGCCUUCGUCCACUGGUACGUCGGUGAGGGUAUGGAGGAAGGCGAGUUCUCAGAGGCCCGUGAGGAUUUGGCUGCCCUGGAGAAGGAUUACGAGGAGGUCGGCAUGGACUCUGGCGAUGGUGAGGGCGAGGGUGCCGAGGAGUACUAAACACGCUCCACACUUCCAGCCCGCACAGAGCAAGCGUCAUUGGUGGGCGUUGAGCACGUCGAAACCAAUGCCCACGCAUUGCCUUCGUUAACAAGAAAAAAUUCAUAAAAAAAAACACACUGGAGUAAACGAUGGGGAAACCUAUAAAGUAUUUUAUUGACAGAAAGACAAAAAAAAAUAUAUACACAGCAGAUAAAAAAAAAGAAUAUCAAAAAAUCAGCUCUAAAAUUGUGUACGAAAUAAAAGUCAGCGAAUAGUCAGUGUUGCCAGCAGAAAAAAAA